AUGCUCCGCGCCAGAUUGGCAACCCAACAGAUCGCCCGCCGCGGCUUCUCUACGACCGGAGCUCGAUUCUCCAGCCCUUUCCACUAUCCUGAAGGCCCAAGAGCCAGCUUGCCGUUCAACCCAAAGACCCGAUUCUUCUGGCUGCGAUACUGGUCAUUCAUGGCGUUUGGAUUCUUCGUUCCCUUCGGCAUGGCCCUAUGGCACACCUACAAGGACUUUUAA